UGCAGCCAUUCAUUCCUCACCACGCACUGAUGACCUCUUUGGCACGUUUUUCCUCCCCAAAACUGUCAGCUUCUGGACACUGAAGCGUGGCUCCAUAUAUGUGACGUCUAAUCAGCUGGGUGGAGGAGUUGCAAAGGGAGAGCUAGGAAUCGAGGAGAGCAGAAUGGAGGUGACAGAUGUGAACCAGCUGAUGUCCCUGAUUGAGUCAGGGACAGUGUCCAUCAUUUGUGAUUCCUCACAGCUGGAAGACUCAUCAGGUGACAUUGAUAGCUCUGUACUGGCAUCCGAUGAAGCUAGUAAUACUGCAAGCAUUCUUAACCAGAGCCUUGGUGGACCAUUGGUUGUCAGGGAAGAUGAUGAAACCAAAAGAACUGAUACUAUCAACACAUCAUGCUCAGUGCAAGAUGAAUUCCAAGGUCUCAGUCAAGAAGCAAAGGAGAAAAGGCUUGAAAAGUACCAGCCUGAAUGUGGCCAAGAUAAAUCUUCAGCACAGCUUCAGUUGGCAGCAGACCAGUAUUUCAUCCAGAUGAGUGAUGGCCAGAUCAUCCAGGUUCUUGGAACUUUAGAACAGGAUGCUGAGGAAGGGGCCUUACCUGAAGACUCAUUGGAAGAAGGAGUUAGCAAGGAAAUUGCAGGCAGUGUUGAGGACCCAAGGGAUGGUGUCCAGAUCCUGGUGGUGGGCAGCAACAGUGGAGAGGAUAUGUAUCUGAUCAGCACUCCAGAUAAGGAUACAGAGAAUAAUGACUUAGGAACCUCAACUGCAAUUGAGGUGAAGGAUGAAACACUACUGGAGAAUGCUGAGGAAACAACCAUGAUUGAGCCUAACAGUGCCAUGAUGCCAACCCUUCCACCACCCAGUGAAGAAGAGGAUACUCUUAAUCUGAGUGAAGGUGAAGAUAACUGUCAAGGGAACCUACUUCAAGAUUCAGUUCAUGAUGAUGUUAAAUUUGACAACAAACUACAGGAUUCUCUCCAUAUGGAAGGUACCAAGCUCGAAUCUAGACUACAAUCAAGUAAAGGAACAGACAAACUCCCUUAUCUCCCUAUAGGAUCCCAGCUGUGCAACAUGAUUGAUUCACCUUUUCAAAAGAACUAUCACAAGAAAGCUUUAAAGGAUAAACAGACGGUGCCUCUAAAAAUACCCACUAAAACCCUUAAGGAAGGGAGCCUGGUGAAAACAGACAGAGGUGACAUGAUUGCCUAUGAUCUGUCAUCUCUAUCACAGUGUAAAGAAUCAAGUGGACAGAGGUCAAAACUACACACCAUUGCUUCCAUGUUUGGACCUGCAAUGAAAGUAUUGCGGCCGGCAGUAGAGCCCAAGAAUGAAACUCCCCUAAAGUCCACCUGUAAAGAGUUUUCAGUAUUCAGCUGUAAUGAUUGCAGUGCUGUCCUUCACUCAAAGCGUUCACUUGAGAAUCACUGCCGCAAAUACCACAAAGAAUGGGAGGAAGAAUGCUUCAUUUGUGGCAAGAAAUUCCUAAAUGCGCAAUAUGUACGUCUCCACAUUCAAGAUGUACAUAGUAGUGAGAAGUCCUUCCAGUGCCGUAUGUGCCUCUACAAGUGUGAAACCUUGAAAGAUCUCGCCAAGCAUCACAAAUGUCAUAAAGAAUCAACAACUUGUUCUUACUGUGGAAGAAAGUAUAUUACACAGAAGUUAUACAAGAAACACGUGAUAAGCUGCCGGGAGCGAAGAGAAUCCCAGUCUUGUAAAAGUGCUUGGGAGCUGCCUCCUGGUUCUGAUAGCUUGCUGGGAGGGGAAUAUCACCAAAAAGCUUUACCUAGUGAUGAAGGCAGUAACACUGACAUGAAUGAUGGUAAUAUUGGUAUGAUUGAUUCUUCAGACACAUCAUACAUUCGGAAAAAGCUUUCUAAAACUUCUGUAGACCUGAAACCUACGAAGAAAGAUGCUGACUUUAAAUUUGAAUCAAUACAUUAUCAUAAACAGGCUAAAAAGAUGGCACGGGAACAAUUAAGUCAGCCGGUUCAGCGACCAAGCCGAGCUGGGAGAGAAAGAACUCACCGCUGUUACCUAUGUUUCAAAUUAUUCUCAACAGCAGCAGCUCUGGUGUCCCACAAAGAAAAUUAUCAUCUUGUAAAAUCUGAGAGACCAGUGAGAGUGAAAACUGAUGCUGCACUUGAUGAGGGGGAAGAAGACUUUGUUGAUGCUGAUACUAAAAAAGAAGAUACUGUGUCAUUUAAGAAUGGGUCAGAGGAAGUUGUGAUAAAGGAAGAACCCACCGAACUCUCCGAGGGACUUGAAAAUGUCACCAUCGUUGUAGAUGAAUCUGUAAAUUCUCCACAAAUCAUAAAACCUCUUUGUAUUGCAUGUAAAGGCUACACAAACAGAGAUUUUAGAAAACAUUCAAAGUGGUUCAGCCAGAUUCCAGAUGAAUGUCAAUCUGAUAUGCUUCAAAAGUUUCAACAAUUUUUGCCUUGCUCCUUUGAUCCAAGCUCCCUGCUAGAGCCUUGGAUGUUGUGCAAAAAGUGUGUGAUUCUUAUUGACAGAAUUGCAGAUAUGGAAGAAAAACUUAGUUCAAUGAAGAAUGAUUUAUUAUCAAGAGUCAGGGGAAACAGUGAGAUAUGUGGUACUGUGAAGCAAAAUUUGUUGUCUUCAGAAAGUGUCAAUGAAGACAGCCAGACACAGUUAGCUACUGGCUCAGUAAAAGAUCAUAUCAUUGGGAAAAAUUUGUCAGAUAUAGAAGCAUACAUGAAAGACACAUGUGAAAUAAUGGAGAUAACUAAACCACAGAAGAGACCAGGAAGGCCAAAGAAAUAUAUGAGGGAAAAAUUAACUCCAGUUCUUAUGGAAGAUAAGUAUGGAGGAGAGUCUGUGUCUGAUAUUGUCAAGUUUAUCUCUCAUGAUUUGGCCAAAAAGAAACAAGAAAAUACAGAGGUAGAUUUGACAGUAACAAAUAUCCCAGACUCAAAAACUGAAGGUAAAGAAUCUUUAUCAAAAAUAACAUUGCAGUCUGAUGUUACUUUUGAUGAUGUAAAGAUAAAACAAGAACCUAUGCAGUGUGACUCUGAUACUAAUUCAGUUUCCAAGUCUGUGUCAUGGGAGUUUAUCUCAUGUACUAAUCAGAGUAACCAGUUUGGUGAUACUUGUGCAAAGCCAAAACAGAGAGCCCAUACAGAUUCACAUUCCAUCUCAGCUGAAAUGAUUCUCAGGAAUCUUGAGGCUACUAAUGAAACUGACUCUCCAAAUGAAAAUCUUAUACUAAAAGACACUCAAUCUAUUGCUUUCACUGAUUCAAAAUCUCAGAAUUUUCGUGAAACCUAUUCUGAAAAUUUGUCAAGUCCAAGAGAAUCACAUGAUCUUAACAUAAUGGAUGAAGAUAGAUGUGAUGUACCAGAGACAUUAGAUUCUGAACAGCCUUAUGAUAGUAAGAACUCAAUACAAGGUGGUAUGGAGACCAGCAAUAAUGAACUAUCUGAGAAGCUGUCAUCCAUUUCCCCCAUGGAAGAUAAACAGACUGACAGCAUUACUUCAGAAAUGCUAACUACUAAGAUACAGGGAAAGAAAAAAGCUGAACUACAAGAAGAAAGAAAUAAGAUGUGUUACAAGGCAGAGACAACAUUAGGAAAACCAUGGAGAUGCAAAGAGUGCCAUAAAAUGUUCUCCACUCAGCGGGGUGCAUGUGAUCACUAUGCAGCAUCACAUCAGGGGAAAAACUAUGCCUGUGAACAAUGCUCAGUCUCCUAUGUCCGCAAGAGAGAUCUCAUUGGCCACUAUAAUAAGAUGCAUCUAAAUAUCAAGCCAUACAAGUGUAAAUUCAGUGAAUGUCCAAUGAAGUUCAGUUCUCAUGGACAUUUGUAUCGUCAUAUGCAAUCUGUCCAUAAUACCAAGAAAGAUAAGCAUGAGUGUCACAUAUGUGGUGCUUCCUUUGCUGAGAAGCGCUACAGGGAUGCACAUCUUCAUGUCUGCCUCAGUAAGAUCAGUGACAGUGUGCCUCACAAGUGCCCCUUCUGCCACAAAGCAUUUAAAUUGGCAAGAUACUUGCAGCUACACCUGCGAACAGUACAUUGGUUGAAAGAUGAGCAGUUCUUGUGUGAGAUUUGUGAUAAAGUACUAACUGAUAAGAAGAAUGUCAUCAUACAUAUGAAAAGCCACAUGGGAGCAACAAAAGCCAAAUGUAAAGUGUGUGGAAAGGAGUUUAAUCGCAAGUCUUAUUUGUGGACCCACAUGCGAACACACACCAACCAAAGACCAUACAAAUGCAACUACUGCACAAAAGCCUUCACCCAGUAUAGUACAUGGAAAAAUCAUGAGAGAACUCACACAGGUGAAAAGCCAUACAAGUGUUGCAUAUGCUCAGCAAACUUUGCUACAAACUCAUCCCUUUCAAAGCAUGUGCAGUAUAGCCACUACAAUAUCAGGGACUAUGAAUGUGACAUAUGCAAGAAGAAAUUCAUUAGUAAAGCCAAAGUGGAAGAACAUAUAAAGGUUCAUACUGGUGAGAAACCUUUCAAGUGUCAUGUGUGUAAUCGUGCCUUUAACAAGAAGAAUAAUUUGAAGAAUCACAUGUAUGUUCACUCAGCAAACAAGAAGUACAAAUGUGAGAUUUGUGGUGGAGGUUUCAUGAGAAAAUCAACCAUAGAGAACCACAUCCUAGAGCACCACAAGUUUGAAUUUGCCUUAAAUCCUAACAGUGAAGACAAAGAUGCAGACAUGGGAGUUUCUACCUCUCAGUUUAUAUCAAUGAAAGGAGUAGAUGAUGUCCCUACUGAGGACAGCUACAUCAUUGUGUUUGCCAAUGAAGAUGAAGAGCUUGGUGAUUUCAAGGAAAUGCAAGUCACUGUGUUAGCAGAGGACACCAUAUCUAAUCAGACUGGAAUGACAAAAGCAAGUAUAGGUGCACCAUCUGACUGCAGUGAAGCCAUGACAUCAGUGGACUCCAACACUAAUCCUUUAUCAGAAGUGAUUCUUGAAGAUCCAUCUAAUAGAAGCUCAGAUGCUCUGACAACUUUGAUAGCAGAUGGAAUUUCUCCAGCUAUAACAAUACCAGAAGGAAAUAAUGCUAGUGUGAAUCAAGUAAUGGAGAUUGAUGAUAAUUCUUUCAGACUUGUAGCAGCAGCAGAUACUACAGCUCCUUUGUACUCUGAAUGAUUUGUGUAUGUGUGUGUGUGUGUGUGUGUGUGUGUGUGUGUGUGUGUGUGUGUGUGUGUGUGUGUGUGUGUGUGUGUGUGUGUGCACGUGCGCAUAUGUUCAGAAACUCAUUCCAGUAGUCACAUUAUAAAGGAAAUAUAUUAAUUAUUUAUUGUUUCAGUAAUUUUUUUCUGCCUUUAAGAGUAUUAUCAUGUUCAUAAUCUUCACCAUCAUCUUACCUCUUUCCCAUUCUCCUCCUCCUUAGUGACAUUGCUGCCACUAGUGAAGGAUCCAUAGAAUAAGAUGGAAGAUGUGAUAUGUUUUCCCAGAAGUUGCAGAGUUAUGCUAGGCUCACACCACAGCUUUUUUUUUAACUAUAACAUCCCCGAUGGUCGUAGGAGUGCCUGACUCCGGCAGCAAUGACGUCAUUUUAAUGGUUUUCGGCCUGUUGUAAGAUGUCGUAAGUCAAAUCGUACGUUCGAUAUUGUAUGAUGUUGUAAGAUGUUCUUGUUGUCACAUAACAUCGUAGAGGCAUUACAACAAUCGAGCGCUGCAUUCAACUGUUAGGAAAAGAGUCAUGACAAGCAAAGCCAUUUCAUCGGGCACACAAUGACGUGCGAUGACGUUAUAGAGAUACGCUGUCGUUUGUGCUGCUAAUGACAUUGUUCAACAUUGAAUGUCAAAAAUUGUUAAAAUACUGAGUUGCAACUGGUCUUUGAACAUAUGUUUGGCAGUAAUGAACAAACAUGUUGUCACUAGAAUCGUCAUGACCAGUGUGACUGCUCUUUUGUUAUCACCAGUUUAAAAAAAAUUUGCCCCAAUUCACACCAUGCUCUCAAGAUGGUUUACCCACCAAAGACAAUGGGAGAGAGGAAGGGCAUGAUGGGUAUGAUGUUCCAUUGUCAUUGCAAGAUCUCUUUGGGACAUCCGUGGACAUCGCAGGCCCAAUGGACAUGAGUAUGGAAGGGCUGCCUCCGAGACCAGGAGUGAACUUCCACCUUUAGACCCCCAUGUAGGUGGAUGUAUUUCCUAUGCCACAAGAAGGCCAGCAGGAGCAACUGGAGGAGCAGCAUCAGCACCCUCAGCAACAUCAAGACAAGGAUAUGGCGACGGAGGAUGUGGACGCCCCGUGGCAUGGCAGUGAGGAGUCCGAGUAUGAUGAGGGAAUGUGGCGCGCCAGCAGCGUGACCUCGUCAACCUUCACUGCUGGACAGAGGGGGAGCUUGUAGAGUCUCCCUGCAUCUCUUCCCAGCUCCUCCCCCCAUCCCCCACUUCCCUCUUCCUGUACCCUAGUGAAUGAACAGCGAGAGAACAGCUGAUGCACCGCCCAGCUGUUUGCCUUGAGUUGCCAAGUGGCAUAUUUCUGUAAGGAGUGUUCAGCAGAGGUUCAGAGUGGCAGCAUUGGUGGUGGUGGCAAAAGGCUUUCAUUAACGUACUUGAAAUAAAUAAACCACAGGUAGUGUAAAUAUACACCAUUCUUUGAGAGAGAGAGAACUCAACGUGAAACAAGCUUUAUUAGUGGUAUUAUCAUGAUCAUCCAGUAUUCACAAAGCCCUCUGAAGUAUGGAGUCUCCAUCCUCAAGAUGUCCCUAGUGAGAUGUGGCUUCGUGUCAGCGAGGACAGGGAUGUACUUUAGGAGGUGUGUAGAUGUUGAUGCUUUGACAUGGGAAAAUGCUUUGGACCCCUAUAUAUAUAUAUAUACCUCCAGAGGCUUAUCCUGGCCCUGCCCUUGUGUCAUCAAGUGAAUAUAGGUCGUCACUGCAUGUUUCUCAUAUGUACCUAUUUCAACAUUGUUUGACAUCGUCUGACAUCAUUUGACAUUGUUCGACAUCGUUAGCAUAGCAUACGUUGUUGCAAUCCAAUAAAAUUUGGAAGUUCUAGUUUUAAUUUUCUUUGGUACAUUAUAUGUCAUCGUUAUAGGUGUCGUACAAGGCAUACGCAUCAUCGUACAUCUAGGAUCCGAUGUCGUACGUCCUUCGUUUUGCAUGUCCUUCAUGCACUGAAAUGCUCCCAAUCGUUAUGACAGUUGUAUGCAAUUGUAGAAAACUGACCUGUACGACUGUCAGGGGUGUCGUAGUAAAAAAAAAGCUGUAGUGUGACCCUAGCAUUAUUGCUGCUCAGGAAGUAGGAAUACAUCUCUUUCUACUACUCCUUCCUUUCUCUCUACCUCACAAUCUCCUUGUUUCACCUCACACAUUAUUCAACAUUUCAUGUUAUCACCCAGUAUAAACUUCUACAUAAGCUAUAGCACUUGUUCUAUUGUAUCCACAUCAUUCAUAAUUCCUCUUAAUCCCUCCAUCCAUCACAUAAAUGUUAUCCACUAAUUUCAUGGGAAUUGGAUGUAUUUAUUAUGGGAUCAUGGUGUUCAAUUUGUUGUAUGUAAAGUUUGGUGAGAAUGUGCUGCUGUAAAAUACAGUGGAAUCUUGGCUACCAAAUCAUUUUUUAUCAAAGUUUUGAAUUCAUAAUUGCUUUGAUCUUUGUAACAUAAUUCAGUUCUUGAACGAAUAUACUUGAUUUCAAAUACUAAAAGACAUAGCAAAAGUUUGCCCUCUAUUAUUAAUUUAUAGUUUAUAUGAAUAUUUCUUUUGUUUUUUAUGUAUUUGGAGGGAAUAGACAGUGAAUGAGACAGUAAUUAAAUUUAUAACAGGUAAAUGUGAUCCUCUUGGAAGAUUCUUUGUGUAAACACUCAGGAGCAAUCCCAAACCACCAGUGGAUCUCUUGAUGACCCACAUUGCCAUCACUACUUAAACUGCAUUUUCCAAGUAGCCAUUCCCAGCAGAAAGAUGUCUAAGUGUUAUGACUGCAUUCAUUUUGGUAGAGAGUGGAUUGCUUCCAUCUCUGUUAUUUCAAGCCAUUCCUCUUUAGAUUGAUGAUAUAGAGAAUACCUGCACAGUCUAAAUAAUAUCUUCUGAUGAGUUCCAUAUCACUAAGUUAAUUCAGUACAUCUUUCUGGAUAAAUAAUUUUUGAGCUGGACAUGUUAGACAGUUGCCAUCUUAGCACUGGGAGUGUCUCUCAUAAGUUGCCAAGACAAGUGGACAAGUGACCAAGAAUGGAUUAAUCCGUUUGACAUUAAUUCUUCUGGAGAAAAUAGUUAUGGUUUCCAAACAUUUCAGAUUUUAAAUGGCAAUCAGGAGCAAGUUAAGUUUGAGAACCACUGUAUUAUGUUAAAUCUUUGAUUAGUUGAUUGUAAAGACAAAAAAUUUGUGUUGUGUGAUGAGGCUUGUGGUAUUGCUGUAUGUUAUUGUAUCAGUCCAUUGAUUAACAGAAGUUCAUGUAUGAGGCAGCGUGUAAGAUAUGGAAAUAAUGUUUGUACAUCACAUUGAAACCGGAAACGUCAUGUAAAUGUUACCUACUUAUUACAUUUUUAUUGAGGAAAUCUA